CAACCCAAAGUCAACCACAUUACACAGAUUCAUGUUUGAAGAUUAGAAAGACUGUCAGUGCAGGAAUGUGGGCUUAACGAGAAGCCUGUUUGAAAAGUUUUCAGUUUGGACCAUGUCUGUGUUCUGUGCAGGUCUGGGCUACUCCUCCAUGGUCAUCGUGUUUUUCUGCAACACUUAUUACAUCAUGGUUCUGGCCUGGGGCUUCUACUACCUGAUCAAGUCCUUUAGCUCCACCCUCCCCUGGUCCACCUGUGACAACGAAUGGAACACGCCCAACUGCCUCGAGACCUUCCACCAUUUGCACUGCGGCAAUGCCAGCCUGGCCAAUGCCACCGUGGGCGGAGCCAACCUGACCUGCGCCGAUCUGGCCGAGGCCCGCUCGCCCAUCAUCGAGUUCUGGGAGAACAAAGUGCUGAACAUCUCGUCCGGACUGGACCAACCGGGUCGGAUCAACUGGGAGCUGAUGCUGUGUCUGAUGGCCGUCUGGGUUCUGGUUUACUUCUGCGUCUGGAAAGGAGUCAAGUCCACCGGCAAGAUCGUUUACUUCACGGCGACCUUUCCCUAUGUGGUUCUCAUCAUCCUGCUGGUGCGAGGCGUCACGCUGCCAGGAGCGUACAAUGGCAUCAUGUACUACAUCAAACCGGACUGGUCCAAACUGGAGGAGGCUCAGGUGUGGAUAGAUGCCGGCACGCAGAUCUUCUUCUCCUACGCCAUCGGACUGGGAGCGCUGACCGCAUUGGGAAGCUACAACCGCUUCAACAACGACUGCUACAAGGACGCCUUCGUCCUGGCGCUCAUCAACAGCGGCACCAGCUUCUUUUCUGGCUUCGUAGUUUUUUCCAUCCUGGGCUUUAUGGCGGCUGAGCAGGGAGUCGACGUCUCCCAGGUGGCUGAAUCAGGGCCGGGUCUCGCCUUCAUCGCAUAUCCAAAGGCGGUCAGUCUGAUGCCGGUGGCUCCGCUCUGGGCGGCGCUCUUCUUCUUCAUGUUGCUGCUGCUUGGACUCGACAGUCAGUUUGUCGGGGUGGAGGGAUUCGUCACGGGGAUUCUGGACCUUUUUCCUGGGAACUAUUACCACCGUUACAAACGUGAGAUCGCCGUGGCGAUCUGCUGUUUACUGUGCUUCAUCAUUGACCUCUCCAUGGUGACGCAGGGAGGGAUGUACGUCUUCCAGUUGUUUGACUAUUACUCAGCCAGCGGCAUGACGCUGCUGUGGCAGUCCUUCUGGGAAUGUAUUGUAGUUGCCUGGGUCUAUGGUGCGGACCGGUUCAUGGACGACGUGGCCCGUAUGAUCGGCUACCGACCGUUCCCCUGGAUGAAGUGGUGCUGGUCGUUCAUCACGCCGUGCGUCUGCAUGGGUAUCUUCCUGUUCCACCUGGUGAACUACAAGCCGCUGACAUACAACACGGUGUACGUGUACCCAUGGUGGGGCGAGGUGAUCGGCUGGUGCCUGGCUCUGUCCUCCAUGCUCUGCAUCCCCGUCAGCCUCCUCUACAAGCUGUUCAGAGCCAAAGGAACCUUCAGAGAGCGCUGGGCCCACCUGACCAGUCCCGUGUGGGGCCCCCACCACCUGGAGUACAUGGCCCCCGACAUCGGACCCCUGAGCUCGCUGACGCCCGGGUCUGAUGACAACAAGGUCAUCAUCUUCGAGAGCGUCAUGUAGACCGGACCCUCCCGUCCCUCCCAAGAGAAGAUGACCGACCUCCACCCUCACCUCCCACCGCUUUCAGCGCCGAGCAUCAAGAAUGAGCUGGACUCUGAUUGGUCCCCACGGCAACCAAAGCUUUACCCAGGUUUCCCUGGGACUUCUGGUUCUGUUGGGUUCUGGUUCUCCCAAUUUAGGAUGAAAGGCGGAUUGUGGCGAUCCCAAACAACUUGUCUUCCCGUGAGGGCCACAGAGUCGGUUUAGUCUUGGGUCGGACAGAUGGUCAGCACAAACCUGAACCGGACAAACAGCCAUGAUGGACUCGCUGUCAGCCAGAACCUCCAGAAUCUUCAGCCGACAGAGUUUGGAUUGUUGCUGUUUGUCAGGACAGACAGAGUUCUAGACAGAAGCACCGACUGGUUCCCUUCAUGUUCCCUUCAGGUUCUGGGAUCAGAUUCAGUCUGUUCUCAUCUGAGUGCCAAAAAGUUCUGUUGCCUGCGACCCGGUUGCUCUGCCUCAUCAACGCUGCGGUCCAGUUGGUUCUGCCCAUCUUUGUUGGGUUUCGUCCCGCUUCCUCUCUUCCUCAUCUUGUUAGCAGAAGAUUAAAAUGUUUGACUGGUUCUGUCCUUAAACCCAUCAGAACUGGUAACCGGGUCGGGAGGAGAGACAUUUUGAUCAAAAUGUCGUCCGGAAACCUGAAGAGAGCCGGCGGACUGACAGCGUUGCCGAGCGUUGCCUUAUGUUGUUGUCUCACCUUUAGAGUUCAAACGGUUGACCUGUGACCUUCUGUUCGCUGUCGGUGGGCGUGUCUAAGACUCUGUCUCCUAGCAACCAGUUAGCAUCCCGCCGUUGCUGGGAAACAAGCAUCCAGAUGUAGGAAAGCCAGAUCCGUUUGCACAUUUUUCUGAAAUGAUGAAAAAAAUCAGUUUUUGUUUUUCUAAAAUAAACAGAAGUUUAUUUUUUGGAUGCUUUUAUUUUGGUGAAGAAAUCUCUAUAUUGAAACUUUGAGCUAUAUUUGAUGCAGUUCUCACUGGGAUGAUGAUGAUGAUGAUGAUGAUUAUGAUGAUGAUGAUGAUGAUGAUGAUGAUUUCUGGCUGAUUGUUCAUUUUCGGUUGGAGAAACACAAUCCACCGCUUCAGUCCUACCUCACUUCUCUUUCAGACUUUCAAAGUAAAACACCUGACGUUUUUUUAGCCGAUGUUGGCGGCUCGUGGGAGUCAGAAGAAUCAGAACCCGCUGCUGGUUCUGAUUCUUCAGCGGGUCGUAAAUCCCAGGAUUUGGUGCUGCGGGGGCUGACGUGAACAAGCAGCAAAGGCCGGUGCUUUUAUUGUGGCGGGUUUGCUGCGAUGGAGUGAUUUUGUGAAAGGAAAACCUGUUCUUUAUUUUAACGUUCAAAGUGCUAAAGUGUUUCCAGAGUGAUCUUCUGUUUUUCCCCCAGACCUCCAGAGGCUCACAUUAUUUCAUCUGCUGGACGUCGGCUCCGUUUUCACUUUCACCAUGAAAUGAAUCUUCGUCCUGCUGUUCUGCUAACAUGAAACCUGAAUGUUAGCAGAAAAAAGGUCCCAAACAUUCAGCAUCAAACUAAGCAGAUUUCAGCGACAGGCUGACUUAGGCUCAAAACUUUAGUGAAUUAAAAUGUUAAUUUAUCAAACAGUUCGAAAAGCUGAUCAGCUGCAACAAGGAGAAGUUUUGCUCCCAAAUCAUGCAAACUUUCUCACUUCAUCAGGAUUCAAUGAUUGUGUAAAUCUGAGAUCUAUUUGAUCAAAUCAUUUGCAUAUUCUGUCUUUUUCAGGUCAUAAUGUUCUUCCAAGUAAAAUUGUGCAGAAAAUAAUAAAAAGGUGCAUUUUUAUGGCCAACCGGUCAGUUUCCAGACGGAGCAAACAAAAACCUGAUUAGAAACUUAGGAUCAAAACUUGAGUUUGAACUUUCUUUGCUCUCAUAUAGAAAGCAAAUCAUCUGCAUAGAAAUGUAGAAAACUGAGCUUAGAAUGGACAAUUUAAUGUUGCUUCAACCUGCAGAGAACACACAGAUAUACAUCAUCCAGAUUAAACCUGGAGAAGUUAACAGAAUAAAUAACAACAAUAUACAUAAAGAUGCAUCAGCUACUAUUAAACAAUAAACAAUUCUGAAGUUAUUAGUUUCAGAUUUUUUCUAAAUAUCUGCGAUUUUGGCUCAACAUACAUAACAUUAAAACCCAGAUAAGAAGAUCCUUCUUUCCAUUAAUUGGACUAAUCUGCAGCUGUGCUUUAACUGAUCAUUUCAUGUAAAACAUUGAAUGUUUAAAGCUGAAAAUAAUUAAUUUCUUCCGUCUGUGUGGGUCUGGAUUGGAGGCUGGAGGAAAAGCAUCUUAGAUCUGCAGCCAUCUUGUUUUUCACCUGCCAAAAACCUGCUGACUGAAUCUGAACCGGGACCCGGAGCCGGCGCGUUCACAUUUACACUCCACAGAUUAAACCGGAUUCCUCUAAAUGUCAUAUUUGGUUUUUGUGGAUUGGUGUCAAAUUUUAAACAGCCGGUCUGAAGAACCAGUCGGUUCCAAACCAAGGAAUGGGAUCCAAUCGGAGAUGAAAGUCCGAUCCAGGACAGGAAUGUGGAAAAAAGCAGCCUGAGCUGAACAGAAAACAGAAAACAGAUUUAUUAUCUGGUGUCGAAGAUUCACUUCUGACGAUCCGAAUGAGACUAAAAGGAAUUUGGUCCAAAUUGGCUUUAAAUCGAAGGGAGCCUAAUGGCUCUGGUCCAGUUGGUCCAGUUGGUCCAGUCACUCCGGUUGAUCCGGUCCAGUCGCUCCGGGUUUCAUCUCAGAUUCUGUCAGUAAACGUCAGUUUGCCAAGUUGUCGUCGGGUUUCCAGAAACUUACCUGCUGAUUUCUGAGCAAAUCUAAUUUUGAUUUUAAUUUUCUGCCAGAAAUUUUUUUUAAAUGUGACAGAAGAAAAACUAGUGAAGGUUGAAAACAUCAUGGAAAGAGAGGAUGCAUGAUUUCUUUAACGCUGGACUCACACAGCAGGGGGCGCUCUCCUCAUAAUGCUAAACAAUCAUGUUUGGGCUCAUAACACAAAGUAGGAAAACUUACAUUUUGUUGCAUGAAAUUAGACGAUGAAAAUUAUUCAUUUUAAAAGUCCGACAAAGAGAAGAAGAAACUGGACGAUGAGUUAUUAUGGUUCCUGUUUGUGUUAGUUGGUGUUUUAUGGCUGCUUUGCUGCCACCAAGUGGCCAGAAUUAGUCACAUUGUGACAAAUAGAAAAUGUUUUUUGUUGCUUUAAAGCUUGAAAACAUUCUUAAUUAUAAUGAAAGGAGAGAAACAAGUCCUCGCUCUAACUUUAAAAAUCAGAAAUUACUUCAUUGGAUUGGACUUGAAAAACUGACUUAAAGAAAUUCUGUGAUUUUUCUGAACACAGAACCAGAACUCUGCGGCCCAACAUGCUUCUGCUGUGAACAGAAGAAACAUCAGGAAUCAUCUAACAUGUCGUCAUCAUUAGACCUUCAUGUUUCACCAAACCAAUAUUCAUCAGAAACAAAGAUUGGAGGUUUGGAGUUGAAAAUCUUUGACUCCUGUCUGUGUUUUCCAGCCCAAACGUAGCUUCCUGUUGUCAUUGUGUCGCCAUGGCGAUCCGUCCAUUGUCUGCGGACUGGUAGUUCAACUUUAAGCUGUGAAUGUAGUGAAACCUGGGCUCUCUGUUAACGAGUCACCAGCCAAACACUAAGGUAGAAAACAUUAACUCUGAGCCCUGAUGAUGCCAUCUGUGUUGUACCAAGUGUCAAAACUGAAGCAAUAAAUCCAACAUGAAGACAAA